AUGGCAGAAAGCAUGGACACGGGCACGGACACGGAGAGGCAGCCUCCAUACUUUUCGGACACACGCGUCUUCUGGGACGUCGUGGAUUUCCCACUCCCUCUGGAUGGCGAUUUGGAUCGCUUUUGUCUUAAUGUCAACGUUGCUAUUAGUAAUGAACGUUUUGUUGGUGAGGUCGAAUUCUAUGCUUAUGGUGACGAAUUAAGUAAUCAAGACAGGAUGGAGAUUCGCAGGGCCGGAAUCUGGCUCAAACAAGAAGGGGCUGAGAAACGUGAGAGGCUGAAUAGGAUGCUAUUGGACGUGCUUGAGUAUGCACACUACAAUCGUGAUCCUGCUGAUGCAAAUUUUCUCAUAGCUAUGAAAGACAUUCCAGAGAUAGACACCAAGUUGUUCAGCAUUAUGCAGGCUUUGAGGCAAAAAGGUUAUGAGGUAUGGUUCGUAGUGCCCGAUGACUGCCCAUCGUCGCAAGUGCCAGAUUUUGAUACUGCAACCUUAGUUUGGCGCUGCUCUAUUCUCCGUGAAGGAGGCUACCCUAUCUACGAGCCGUCUGAGUCAGAUUCUGAUGACGAGGGAAGCGCACUAGCUGCCAAGAAACGUCAGAAUGAGGAGGGAAGCUCACAAGGUGCCGAGAAACUUCAGAAGAUAACUGAUGAUGACGGAGCUCAAUAG